AUGUGCCGCUCGCUGCUCGCAUCCCGACUCAGCCAAAGACGCGUGGAGGCGGCCCGUGCCGUCGAUCCUUCCAUCCAGCGAGUUCUUCGAAAAGGCGAUCAUUCGAGUCGCAAAACACCGGGCUAUGUUAGAGCCUAUCUGUGUGCUGGCCGGCUAGUGUGUCUAAUUGCUACGGAUCCGAAAAACGAAAUCUUCCCACGCUCGAAUUCCCAUAACAACAUCUCAAAGCGCAGUGCAACCGCAUUUCCAAGUGGACCCUCAGAUUCGAGCCCGCGCCUGGAAACUCGGUUGGAUUGUCGGCGCAAGGAAUAG